AUAUAUACUUAGAGCAAACGGUGGUUUCAGGGCCUCACAAACAUUUCCACACAGUUUUCACUAAAAUACCACAUUUGAGUUUUUAUUAAACCUACGCUAACAGAUUUUAAUAGUUUUCUUACAAACCAUAAUAAAUCCAUGCGUUUAUUUAUUUAAUUUUUUUUUUUUUGCUACCUAAAUGCCUAAUAUGUAUAAUUUUAUUGAUUUACACUUAACGGACACAGAUAUUCAAUCAGAAAAAUAUAAUUUUUUUUUUAGACACGUGAAUAAAAUAAACUAUUUCAAAAGAUAUGGUAUGGAGAUUAUUUUCAAUGAAAAUAUUUUACACAACCGAAGCUGUGGCGUCGUCACAAUCAACAAGUUUUCCAAUAUUUAAGUUUGUUCAAAAGUUUGUACUCGUUUGAGUUACCAGAGACAACAACAGUGUCGGUAGAGAACUGGAGAUGUGUGAAGAAAGUAAAGAAAAACCAAGCUGUUCCAACCCUGUAUGAAUUUCCUUCUUCUGCUGAACACAAAAGAAGAUAUUUUGAAGAAUGUGGGUAGCCAAAGAGUCCCCAUUGACUUGCAUGGAAAAGAAGUAGGCUACUAUGCUAUUAGACAUGCUUUAGAGCUGAUCGCAGAGCACAUGAAUGAGGUAUUCGGCUGCUUGACUCUGAGAGACAGUGACUGUGAGAGCAUGUUCAUGAUGGGACUACCAUGGCUGCUAGUUUUGGAGCUUGUCCUUUACGCUGGUUGUUUCAUUUGUGGGGUGAUAGCUGCCGCAUGGAUGACACUCACUCAGGGCCACUUUGAUGGACGGUGCAUCCUCUAUGGAAGUGUUCAUUAUAAUGCAUCUGGCCAGGCUCUGACCGUAGAAGGCUCUAGUUCUCCUUCCGUCUGCUAUUUUGUGUCAGCCAUCGCUGUGUGCAUGGCUAUUUACUGCUUUUCCCUUAUUCUUUACUGGAUCUAUGCCAGCUGUGUAGAUGAGGAUGUGAGAAGGGGAACUGUUUCUCUCAACACGUCUCUGGGAGUCUGUGGUCUUCUCCUGUUUUUUCUCUUGGUAUCAGGAUGUAUUCUCAAGAUCGGUCGGGACAGCCUGUGUUUCUCUGUCCUUCACAACACUCCCUCCAUUACCAGUUGUGAAGAUGCAGAGAAUAAAACUUGGGCCCAUCCAUACACUGGAAAUCAGUUCUACACAGGACUGUACAGCACUGAGAGAUCUAUGUGGGUAAGCUUCUUCUUCUGGGUGUUAAUAACGGCCGUGGUGGUCAUACAGAGGCGCCAGAGCUCAAGGUUGAAGGUUUGGGGUGAUGAUGAGUGGAGCCGUGCUGAGACAGAGCCCUUCCUCCAUCGCCCGUCCCGCCAGAGAUAAAUCACCAAGGCCACUAUUACAUGAGCUUAUCACUACAUAUCAUGUAGAGAUUACUAUACACACUUAGAUGGGACCACAAGCAGUUAUAUAAUACCUAAUAAUAUUUUCGUUGCAACAUUUACAUUUUUAUUUAGUUAUACACCAAAGCAGUUCUUUGAUGUCUGAUAGCUAUAAUUAUAUACACAAAGUUUAAAUACUGUAUAUGUCCAGAGAUGUCUAAGACACUUCUUUGGACAUGGCGGAUAUAAGAAAAAUAUGAAUCCUACUGUCUAAUAUACAGUCAAACAACCAUUAUUGCAAAAUAAAGUAAUCAGGACCCCAAAACAAAGAGGAGUAUUCUUCUAUCAACCUAAAGGGGUUUAUCCUGCUUAAUACAAGGAUAUUUAGAAAAUAAAUUAAUGGACAUAACAUUUUCAUUUGAUUUGAAAUAAUUAUGUAUUAGAAUCAUCUUAAUUAUAGUAUAUUGGUGAUGUAAAUUAUAUAUAUCACUGACUCUUUCAGAAGUAACAGUACCUUUCUGACUGGUUACAUGUUACACUUAAUAUCCUAAAAUAAGAGCUAAAUGCAAAGUUGUGAAGGGGAUCUGUAUUUUGUAUCCAUUUUUAUUAUUCUGUUAUUCAAAAUUGUGAAAUUUUGUGCUUGUGUGCUUAGUGUAAAAACAUUAAUUCUUCACACAUGUAUGCUGUGGAUUGUUCAGAGUAUUAAAUGAAAAAUAUGCCAAUAACUGAUGGUA